UGUUUAUGACAAGCAGCUGACUUCCCUGAACCCUGUAUAAAUACAGGGCUGAAUCACACGUUUCCUCAUUUGGCUUAGAUUUCUUAUCAGUCAAGAUCGUUGAAAGACUCAGGAUGAAGUUCCUUGUACUCGCUGUCACCUUGGUGGUGGUUGUCAGCUCUGCCAGCUUGUCAGUGGAAGAUCUGGAGUUUCACGCUUGGAAACUGAAGCACGGGAAGUUCUACAGCUCCCCUGUUGAGGAGGCCAUGCGAAAAGAGACCUGGAUGACCAACCGCAAGUAUGUGAUUGUGCACAACAUGCUGGCAGACCAGGGCAUCAAGAGCUACAGACUGGGCAUGACCUUCUUCGCUGAUAUGGACAAUGCUGAGUACAGAAGCGUGGCGUUAAGAGGCUGCCUCGGACGCUUCAACACCACCAAGGCCAAGCGAGGCUCCACCUUCCUGCGGCAGCUAGGGGGCGCUGCUCUGCCCAGCUCUGUUGACUGGAGAGACAAGGGCUAUGUCACUGAUGUCAAGGACCAGAAGGACUGUGGUUCCUGCUGGGCUUUCAGCACAACAGGCUCCCUGGAAGGACAGACUUUCAGGAAGACUCAGAAGCUGGUGUCCCUGAGCGAGCAGCAGCUGGUGGACUGCUCCGGAGACUACGGGAACAUGGGCUGUGGAGGUGGGCUGAUGGACCAGGCCUUCCAAUACAUCAAGGAGAACGGAGGAAUUGACACUGAGGAGUCUUACCCCUAUGAGGCUGUGGAUGGGAAAUGCAGGUACAGUCCACAAAGCAUUGGUGCCACCUGCUCUGGGUAUGUUGAUGUCACCAGUGGCGAUGAGAAUGCUCUGCAGGAAGCCGUGGCAACCAUUGGACCCGUCUCCGUGGCGAUCGAUGCUGGACACAUAUCCUUCCAGCUCUACCAGUCAGGGAUCUACAGUGAACCUGAGUGCAGCAGCUCAGAUCUGGAUCACGGAGUGCUAGCUGUCGGCUAUGGAUCUGACAAGGGCAACGACUACUGGCUGGUGAAAAACAGCUGGGGUCUGUCCUGGGGUCACAACGGCUACAUCCUGAUGAGCAGAAACAAGAACAACCAGUGUGGGAUUGCAACAGCAUCCAGCUACCCUCUCGUCUAAAUAACCCAACGAAGAGGCAGUCUCUUGCAAGAACCAUAUCCAUUGGACUGAAGACAGAAAAUACUGAGGAACGAUUUCAAUUUACUGAAUAUAAUUUAAAUAAAAAGGGUAUUAAAAAGGGAACUGGGAAUGAUUUUAAAGAGAAACAUGGAAGACUUUCAGUUGUAACUAUCAACGGGUCAGUCAUUUAUUCUGAGCAAUCGGUUGAUGUAUUGCCAAUCCUAUCAUUUGACAGUAAAUCAGCCCAUACCUCCAGUAUUUUGCACACCUGCUCAGAAUUUGCACUUAUUUUUUGUCAUACAGUUUACACUUUUGAUCAGUUGCUAAUUAUGCAUGUCAUGUAUUAGAGAAACACUACACACUGAAGAUGAUUUCUUUCUUUUUGUUGUUUGUACCACAAAUGUUCAUUAAUAAGUACAAGACCAGUUUUUCUAAAUAAUUUUAUUCUAUUGAAUAGCAGUGACUUAAUGACUUGUUAAUAUUUCUUUCACAAAACAGUAAUAUUAUCCUGCUUAUAACGUCAGAUAAACUGACAAAUCUUCAUUCGUAUAGAAUGGAAUCAUGUACUGUAAAAUAAUGCAGUGUUGCCAAAAGCCCACCAGAGGGCAGUAGCACAUAAGGCUUGAACAGUUGAACAGCAAUCAGCCUCAACACACCAGUUAGUUGAUACUGGGACUUCAAAGGUACUGUUUAGUAUAAGGGGGAAAAAAGUAUAGUUACAACUUUUAAUACAUGUUUCUUAACAAAUUGUUUUUACUUUAAUUGUGAAUAUUUCAAAUGUUAUGGGUGUAUGGUUUUGUUAUUGUGGGUAACUUUUCUUUUUUGUUAAAAAAUGUGAAUUCACAUUAAAAGUUGUUCUUCUGA